AUGCGGUGGCACGACGGGCGUUUUGCGCGGCACCCAACCUUCCGUUUUGUCGCAUUCAAUACCCUGAUGCGGUCCCAAGCACGUGCGCGGUCGAAGUUCUUCGUGAAGCAACAUGAUGGCACCCGUGAAGCGCUCACGCGAGAGCAGCUUAUUCAGGCGCUCGAACACAGCGAGGAUCCCGAGGCGCAGGCGCUGAUAAACUCAAUCACAAGAAAGAGGCAGGACCUCGAGGCGUAUGCGUACAGCCUGGGCUGUCCUGGCGCAUUUAUCACAUUUAGCCCAGCCGAUUUGCACUGGCGGAGCCUCUACCAACACAUGCCCCGAUAUGGAGAAUGGCUGCGCGCGUCCGAGCCGGAAAGGAUGGCAUUGUCGCGGUACUUAUUGCGUCAGAACCCUCACAUUGCUGCUUUCCACUUCUACCGCCGAUACUGCUUCUUUCGAGAUAUCGUGUUGCGGAAAAAGUUCAACGUCACGGAUUACUGGGAUCGAUAUGAAUGGCAAGGCCGUGGCAGUCCGCACAACCACGGUCUGUACUGGAUGCAGGAGGGCCCAGCCGCCGACAUGGAGGACGAAGCUGCUCGUGACAUGUUUGCACGCGUAUGGGGCUUCCACGUCACGGCCGUGAACCCGGAGCCCCGUAGGACUGUGCCUCAGGGGGAGGGCAAUCCGCUGAGCGUGGAUCCGCUGGGCGUGGAGAUGACAUUCCUGCGGCUCUCGCAAAUCGUCAACCGCUGCCAGCGCCACAGAUGCAAUACCACGUACCGCUUGCGAGUCAGAAAGGGAAGCGGUGACCUCGCGAGGGACAUGGAAGGAGCUGCUGGCGACAUUGAGGCGGCCAACGUGGCGAAUCCGGAAAGGGAGUGUCGUUUCGACUUCCCCCGUGCCUUGAGAGAGCUGGCCGCGGUCAUCAGGAAGGAAGGCAGGUCGUACUACAUCUUCGAGGCGGCCCGCAACGACAGCCUCAUGAACCAUUUCAAUCCUGCCAUCAUUCUGGGAUGGUUGGCCAACAUUGACAUAUCUCCAUGCACCAGCUUGCAAGCAGAAGGGACUCGGGUGGUUGUGUACGUCGACUGCCGCCCGUUGGAGCAGCAUGCGCGGUCGUACCGCGUCGAUGAUGAUUCGUACAAUCUCAAGACAUGGAGGAGACUCGGUGCGAACGCGAAGAAGAGGUUGAUGAUGGCCCAUCCGCAUCGCGCUCCGGAGGAGUUGCUUGCUGUGGACGGGCAGCGGUUUGAGUCCUUUGUUGCGGCGUACCGGUGUUGUCGGCAGCGACACCAUUUCCAUGAGGACGACCAUUACGGGGAGGUGGGAACAAACGAGCUCCAGGCGGAGGACGAUGAGUUUGAGCAGGAGGUCCAUGACGAGCCCAUCGCAGAGGAGGACUGGCAUGAGCUCGCCCGCAUGCUGCCAGACCGGCCGCUGGAGGAAGAGGACAUCGACGUACUUGGCCGGCGAAAUAUCGACGUGAAUUAUGACUGGGCUCCUCACGUGGGACGAUAUACCAACGAGGAUAUUCUCAGCGCACGCGAUGCCCUGAAUCCGGAGCAGCGCAUCGUGUAUGACACGGUGAUGGGCCACUUUCUCGCCCAAGACCGUUCCCAGUUGUUACUCCAUGUCGAUGGUGGCGGUGGCACAGGCAAGUCAUAUCUCAUCAACCUGCUCUCGGCGCACCUCCAGGCCGCUACACGCGGGAGAGUGACACCUGUCUGGCGUGCCGCACCGACGGGUGUCGCAGGGAACCAGAUAUCAGGCACUACUUUGCACUCGCUGCUUCACCUCCCGAUCAACAAGGACUUCAGGCCGCUCUCCGCCAUCGACAAGGCCCAGCUCCAGAAGAAGCUGAAGGAUAUUCAGUACCUAAUCAUUGACGAGAAGAGUAUGCUGGGACUGCGUAUGCUAUCCUGGAUCGACGACCGUCUCCGUGAGGCAUUUCCGCAUCGGAACGAGGAGUUCUUUGGCGGACUCAAUAUCCUUUUGGUCGGCGACUUCUUCCAGCUUCCCCCUGUUCUACAGAAACCGCUGUACUACGACAAAGAGGUGCAGGGAGUGGAGAUCAAGGGAAGGAACGCUUAUAUGCGCUUCGAUAAGACCGUCUUCCUGAGCGUUGUUCAGCGGCAGUGCGGCGAUGAUCAGGCGUCCUUUCGCAAGGCUCUCGGAGAACUGCGGCCGCUCCUACUAUCCCACGAGUCCUGGAAACUUCUCUCCGGCCGCGUGCAGGCAAAGCUAGACGAUCAGGAGGUCGCCAGGUUCGCCAACGCCUUACGGGCGGGCAACCUUGCGAAACAGGUCCCUGUAUGCAUUGGUGCCCGCUUAAUGCUGACGUGCAACCUCUGGCAACAAGUUGGCCUCUGCAACGGCGCUCGCGGCACAGUGCACAACAUUGGCUGGGCACCUGGCGCUGAUCCCAUCCGAGACCAACCGAAGAUUGUCCCGAUUGUGGCAGUAAAAAGGGAUUUCCUCGUUGGAGCAACACUCUGCACUCGCACUCAGUUUCCCCUGGUCGUAUGCUACGCCAUUACGGUUCAUAAGUCGCAGAGCAUCACCGAAGACAGGAUCGUGACAGAUCUGUCCUGCCGUGACUUUCAGACAGGUUUGAGUUAUGUGGCCGUCUCGCGUGUAAAAACGCUACAGGGGUUGAUGCUCGAUGCCCCGUUCGACCGCAAUCAUCUGACAUACACAUCCCCCCCGGAGGGUAUCAAGAUGAAGAUGAGGGACCAAAGAUUUAGGAGUUGGCAGGUUCUCACUCAGAAUCCGUAUAAGAACGGCUAG